CCGUACACGGCGUUGCAGUUGUUUCAUCGAGUGCAUACUACGCUUGUUUUAGACGCGUUGCUGUCAUUAUAUUAGACCAUCAUGCGGAACAGAGCUCACAGCUGGGUUAAGAUCAGCUGUGAGCGGCGGAGUAUCUUAUGCAUAGAUACGGAAGCAUGUAGAUAUCAUUGUUUCCGAUAAGGUUACGUGCGACGCUGCACCGACCGAUCGUUUUGCGCAAGUAAGCAGUUUUCGUCAUUUAUUUACACUGCGAAUAUAGUCGCUGUUGACAAGAACACUGUUCGUAUUACCUACUAUCGCGCUCCAUCUCGCAGUCUUCUAUUGACGAAAGAAAUUAGUCCACCUGUUCUACAAUGACGAUAGGGGCAACCAGGACGAUGCAUUGCACCCUAGAAGGGCCCGCAAACGCCUUGGCAAUUAACCGAGACGCUACUCAGGUCGCAGUCGCAGGACGGAAUGUGUUCAAGGUGUUCAGCUUGGAGAACGAGGAAUUUCAAGAGAGGCUAAAUCUGCGCGUUGGCAAGAAUCUCAACCUAAACUUCAGUUGCAGCGAUGUCGUUUGGAACAUGGUUGACGACCAUAUCCUCGCUACCGCGGCCACGAACGGAGCAGUCGUCACUUGGAACUUAAACAAGAGUUCUCGAUCUAAACAAGACAUGGUGUUCCAAGACCACAAGAGGACUGUCAACAAAGUCUGCUUCAAUCCGUCUGAGUCGCAUAUUCUGUUGUCCGGCUCUCAGGAUGGAACAAUGAAGGCUUUCGAUAUACGUAAACGGGAGGCGGCAAGCACUUUCCACAGUUCAUCGGAAAGUGUGAGGGACGUACAGUUCUGCCCUCACCACCACUUCACCUUCGCGGCUGUCCAAGAAAAUGGCAACGUCCAGCUCUGGGACCUGAGGCGCUCGGACAAAUGCGAACGUCAGUUUACGGCACACAGCGGGCCUGUGUUCACAUGCGAUUGGCACCCAGAGGAGAAACGUUUUCUCGCCACUGGCGGUAGGGACAAGGCAAUCAAGAUCUGGGACGUGAGCUACAAACCCGUACUGCACCAGUGCAUUCAGACGAUCGCCUCAGUGGCACACAUCAAGUGGCGCCCUCAGAAGAAGUACCACAUUGCCAACAGCUCGCUGGUGGUGGACUGCACCAUCAACAUCUGGGACACGCGACGCCCAUACGUGCCUUUUGCUGCCUUCACUGAACACAAAGACGUGGCCACAGGUUUUGCAUGGCGAAACAGUUCUGGCGUGUUGUUGUCCACGAGCAAGGACAGCACAUUGUUCCAGCAUGUCAUGAGCGACGCCAUCAAGCCGGCGACACAUGCCGACUCACUCUCGGUGGCCCACGUGCUGAACCCAUCGGGAGACCUAGCCUUUGCAUCUAGCGACCGUUUUUUUCCCGAGCAGAGCAGCAGGUCUCGGCCAGGGCCCGUACACCCGGCAUCGGCCAGGUUUCCGGCAGUCUUCAAGAAGAGCACAAACCUUGGCGACAAGUUCAGCUACGCGCAGAGCACGUUAUGCGUCUUUACCAACAAGGAAGUUGAGACACUGUCAUUGACCUGGCUACGUGAGAGCGCUCUGCGAUACCAGCUGUCAGGGCGUCCCUUCGGGGAGCUGUGCGACCGCAAUGCCAAUGUGGCCGCUGACCUGGGACGCCACCAGGUGGCACAGACAUGGCGCAUGCUUAAGGCCCUUUACACCCUGCAAGCCAGCGGUCCGGCCGACUUCCUCAAUCUUGGUGGCCUUCUCGACUCUGCGGCCAGGGGCGAUGCUGAGCGCAGUUCGCAGGAAGGGAGCAACUUCCACACGAGCCGGCACAACAGUGGCAACGCACGCAACCGCAACCACAGCGGGGGCAAGAAGCCUGCCGUGGUCAGCCGGCACCUGAGCGGACAGGGUGGUCUGGACAGGGGCUCCCAGGCAGGACCCGACGCACAGCAGACCACGGGCGAGGACUCUGCCUCGAGCGGCAUUGAGGAUGACCAGACACUGGCUUACAUUGCCAGUGGCAUGGCCAACACACCGGGUGACUUCCUGUUCGGAGAUGACAGUGUAGCUUCAAUACAGGGGUUCUCCUGCAACCUACAGGUUCCUAGUUCUGGAGGUACGGACAACCUGCAACAGCAGCAGCAGGAGUGGUCACUGCCAACCGAGGCAUUUGAGCCACGUCAUCCUAUUCGGGACUCACCACCCGUGCCAGACCUGGGGCACCCACAGAGCUCGCCCACUAGUGGGGACGAGGAAGACGGACCCGAGACAGUCAUGUUCGGUGGCGGCAUCGGAGGGGACACCGAAGAUCAGGGCAAAGUGCUGACCGUGGUCAGGCCCUUGUGCGUGCCUGCCUGGAAUUGCAGAGAAGUUGUUCUCAGCAUGCUUGGACACUACGUAGACCAGGGUGAUGUUCAAAUGGCUGUAUCGGCCACGAUUGUUCUGGGAGACAAGCUCAAAGGCUGCAUAGAUGAAUCGACAUUGGAGUCCUGGUUUCUUGCUUACAUAGACCUGCUGAGUCGGUUCCAGAUGUGGAACGUGAUAGCACGGGUGCUGUCACUGAGCAACUUGGCCUCAGUGUCGACGCUGAACCAGCAGUCCACCAUAGUGCACACAGUGUGUGGCGGCUGCCAGAAGCCCCUGGCCCGCUCUGGCUGGCUGUGCGACCGCUGCAAGGCCAUACCUGCUCCCUGCGCCAUCUGCCAUGAAGUGGUGCGUGGGCUGUUUGUGUGGUGCCAAGGCUGUGCACACGGUGGGCACGUGCAGCACCUGUCGGCAUGGUUCCGCACGCAACGGCUCUGUCCUGCCGGAUGCGGGCACAUGUGCGAGUACACAUAACACUAGCCUUCUCCCAGCUUUGCUGCUCUUCUCAUCAGGCCAACUCAUCAAUCGCCUCGCGCUGGGAGAGAUCCAUCACACAUCUUCGUACAGCGUGCAGCCGCAGCACAAGAACAAGGCGCACAGUCACUGCAUUCUAAAUGGUGAUGUUCGCCGCUGGCACAGUGCAGUAGGGCAUGUCAGCUCCGUGGCUGCAACUGAUCCCAGCAUUGAUGUCGAUGAUGGCUACCACGGUGCCGCAGAUUGCAACCGCUGCCCCGCAGACCGCCAGCAUGAGCGCUGGAAACUUGGUCCACGAGAGCAGGGGCCCGUUUUCCAGCUUUAGGUACGUGGCAGCCGGAAGGAUGUAAGCCAGCGGUAUGGCAGCCAGAACGCCCUGGCAGGAAAGAGGUUGGAAGUUGAGCGUGGAAUAUUAAGCCUUUUUUUUUCUCCUUUCUCUUCAGGUGGGUAAUUUACAGCAUUGUACUGCUUUACUACGACAAUGUUGCUAAGUUCAAUGAGCAGCAGUACUGAUUGUCCUUCUGUUUAUCAGUGCUAUCUGUAUAUAAUACUGUACAGUAUGCCCAGUUAAGAGACCCUGUAUGACAAAGUGGAGCUACGUAGGCCUUGUAUCAAGGCAUACCUAUACGCACAAUUAGCUGGAGCAGUUGUAGUCUGUGUAACUACUACUAUACUGCAUCCACGGUGUUGCAAGCUGCAUCUUGUGCUUAAAUGCAUGAUGCGAAGGUGAGUAGGUUGCACUGCAUGUAACUUUAGAAGAGACGGUGUUCCUGUAAAGGCGUGGCUACGAUGACAUGAACAAGCAAUCAAGUCACAUUCAUUCGGCAUCCUGAAGUUGAAGCUAGGCUGCUUAAUUCACUGUAAUAAGGCUGUUUUUUUUUUUCUUUCGCAUUUUCAUAAUAAGUAUACCGUAUAAACCGGACUAUAGGUCGAGUGGGAAUAUAGGUCAACCCCCCAAGUUCAGGUUACCGAAAAAGAAAAAAAGAAGAAAAACAACCCUAAACUGCCGAACCACAUUUAUUUGCGAAUUGGGCGCACCCCAUCCCGAUCGUUGGAGCUCCCCUCUACCACCAUCGCAAUUGUCGCAUUGUCACACCAUCACAUUGUCGCACCAACUGUCGCACCAUCGCAUUGUCUUGCGUUUGAAAA